AUGCACCCUAAUGAAAUUAACGAAGAUGUGAAAAAAAGAACCGGAAAUUACGAGAUAGAUAAAUUCAUUUGGGAAGCAAAAAAAUACGAAUAUGCAUUUGAAUGGAUCAAUUUUAAAGAAUUUUUUGACAAAAAGUAUGUCGCAAAAGGAGGAUUUGAUGCAGUUUUUUCAGGAAAAUGGAAAAAUGACUUGAAAAUUCAAUUUCCGCCAAAUCAUGCAAUCACCUUGCUUGAUAGAAAUUACCCCAUCCAAAACACCAUGAUCACUUUAAAAGACUUACAGGAUUCAAAAAUUUGUUUUACCUGCAAUGAAAAAGGAUUCAUUGGAUCUCAAUGCUUGAAGGAUGGCUGCAAAAAUAUAAAAAAAGAUAUUGAUUUUUCUUGCUUGCUAUGCAUUUCAACAAGUAUUCGUUUGAAAAAUAUUUUGUGCAAAACUUGCAAUCUAACUGGCAUUGGCCUUUGUAUUAAGUGCUAUAGUUAUGAGCAUUUCGAUGUAAAAAAAAUGACUGGAAAUCAUGAGGUGGAUGAAUUCAUAUUGGAAGAAAAGGAAGCAAAACCAUCUUUAGAAUGGAUCAAUUUUAAAGAAUUCUUUGACAAAAAAUAUGUCGCAAAAGGAGGAUUCGAUGCAGUUUUGUCAGGAAAAUGGAAAAAUGACUUGAUAAUUCAAUUUGCGCCAUAUUAUAAAACCACCUUACUUGAUAGAAAUUAUCCCAUCUACAACACCAUGAUCGCUUUAAAAGACUUGCAGGAUUCAAAAAUUUGUUCUACUUGCAAUGAAAAAGGAUUCAUUGGAUAUCAAUGCUUGAAGGAUGGAUGCAAAAAUAUAAAAAAAGACCUUGAUUUUUCCUGUUUACUAUGCAUUUCAACAAGUAUUCGUUUGAAAAGUAUUUUGUGCAAAACUUGCAAUCCAACUGGCAUUGGCCUUUGCAUUGAAUGCAAUAGUAAUGCAUGUUUUGAAGAGCAAUAUUGGUGCAUGCAUAUGCAUCCUAAUGAAAUUAACGAAGAU